AUGAGCAAGGAAGGAGCGGCGGGUCUCUUCAAGUGGUUUCGCGACCAGCGCAAUGGCGUGACCGUCGCCAAUCAUGCUCCUACCAAGAAGACGGCUGUGGUCGAAGCUCGAAGUGAUCUGGAAUUGAAGAAGAGAGCGGAUAUGGUGAGGAAGGCCGCCAGAGAGCUGGAAGGCAAGAUUGAUGAUGUCAACAACGAGAUUGAUUGGAAGGAAGCCACGGAAGAUGAGGAAGCAGCCAAACAAGAUGAGCUUGUUGCUGUUGCGGGGGCUGAGCUUCCCUCUCCUGAGAAGAAGCCGGAAGGUCGGAAGGCUGAAGUUGUGGAUUUGUAUGCUGUUGACGCCAACUUGGAGUCUGACCCAUCUGUCGAAGAUGAAGAGAUUUGUUCGUUUUGCUACUGCAUGCCCUGCGAGAUGGUAACCAGUGGCUACAUCCUUGUCCAGAUUGGGGAUGAGUUCCGCCAAGCUGGAUACCGCCCUCAUGAAAUUCGAUACAGGCUGUACCGUGAGAGCUUUCGCCUCUGGAAAGGUGUUGUUGGUAAGCACAAUCGUCAGUCACUUCCUGCUUGUUUUUUGGCAUUCAUUAGAGGAAGGCACCCCAAUCCGGAGGGACAACCUUAUGUUGGCUACAAGCCCAAGAAGAAGAGGAAGAUGUUGGAGGAACAACAAGAACUCACUUUGUUGGAGACGGCCAGUCAUGAUUCUGAAAAGUUCGACAAUGAUGAUGAUGACGACGGUGCUGAUGAUACGUCGCCUCCCACUCCUCCCAUGGCCUCUUUGCCUGAGCUUCCUUCCUAUUGCAGUCAACCCGACUGGUCUCCUAUCAGGGUUUCAGCCAAGAAGAAGAGCAAGAAUGGCGACAAGAGCAAGGAUGGCGACAAGAGCAAGGAUGGCGACAAGAUGCCAAUGGCGAUUUAG